ACUCAGUUUCAACGCCGAGUUUGUUCAUUGUCGUACGGAUCGAGUCAGGGCUGAAAAUUACGCAGUCUCGCAGCAUCGACGAACUCUGAGAGAAUUUCGUUUACUGGCACGUGUUACUGGGAUUUGCGGGAUGAUUUCGGAGAUUGAUUAUUGUUGUUGCUGGUGGCGGUUUUGUGGUUUUUGGAUUGUUUUUGUUGGAGGGUUCGACAAGUGAAGUAUAAAGCUGACUGUUAUUAGAUUGAACCUGCUAUGCUGACAUGAAGUUCGUUCUUGAUUAAGGUGGUGGGAAAUAGAAAGAUGGCGUUAUUGAAAGUGAAUAACAGCAAUAAUCAUCUGAAUCAAAUGAUGGAUGGACCAAGUUGGUCUAGUCCUUCGGCAAGCCCUUCACCACCACCUCCUCCUCUACCCCCACCGGUAGCAACUCGCUGGGCACGAACUGAGCAGGUUAUCAAUGAUCCAUGUCCGCAUUGUAGAGGCCGACUAGCAUCGCUUCCAACUAGAACAACUUCUCUUAGUAGUUAUAGUUGCAAAGAUAGAAAUACACCCGUUCAUCGACCACCUGAUGAUGAAGAUUCCUUCCCAGUUAUACACGAACGGGAACUACAUUCCCUGCAUCGAAAUAUACCUGCUUUACGAAGAAGGGACGUCGAUACAGCGACUAUAAAACAACAUUAUUACCCUGAAGGUGGUUGGGGAUGGUUAGUUUGUGGAGCUGCUUUUUUAGCCCAUCUUCUUACCUCAGGAAUUCAAUUAUCAUACGGUUUGUUAUAUCUCUAUACUAUGAAGUUCCUCCUUAAGAAUGUCCAAGACGAAGAGCUGUAUAUUAUGGGAGCAGCUUGGAUGGGAGCAUUAUGUCUGUGUAUCUCUUUUGCAACAUCGCCGUUAAUAGUAGCAAUUUGUAGAAGAAAAUCAGCUCGAUUAGCAGCACUUCUAGGAGGUCUGGUCAUUUCUUUGGCGUGUUUAUUCACCUCUUUUGCUGUGCAAUUUCAUCAGGCUCUUCUGAGUUAUGGACUUGUUCUGGGAAUUGGAGCGGGUGUCGUGAGAGAAGCAUCGACUAUAGUUUUAGGUCAUUACUUCAAAAGACGGAGAGAGUUUGUAGAAAUGGUAGCGCAAUCAGGUGCCGGAGUAGGAAUAGCUUUAUUUUCAGUUCUUUACAAAGAAGCCGUUGGGAAAUUGGGUUGGCGUUUGGGUCUUCAAUCGGUAACUGGUCUUUUAUCGCUAGCAUUUUUUCUCCCAAUAGUAUAUAGAUCUGCAAAUUUGUAUCAUCCACAAAGAAGAGCUAUUACACAUUUGAAGAACCAAAGAAAGAAAAUGAAAGAGAAGAAGUCUCAUACGAAAAUACCAAAACCACCAAUGUUCGAUUUUAGUCCAUUAAAAAGUAAGGGCCUCAGGGUUCUGAUGAUUGCUUGUGCCUUUGCAGCAUUAGGAAUUUAUGCUCCUAUUUUUUACCUAGUAUAUCAAGGAUAUAAAGAAGGUCUUGAAGAUAACGGUCUGGUUGUGUUACAAACUUUUAUGGGCUUUGCAACUGCAUUAGGUUGUGUUGGUUUUGGUUUUGUGAUAAUCAAACCAAGUACACAAUGUUUAAUUUCAAGGCAAUACCUGUGCCAAACAGCUAUGGUUGGAAUGGGAAUUUCACUUCUGGCGUUAAGCGCUGUCCAGGGAUACCAUGGCUACGUACUAUUUGUAUGGAUGUAUGGAAUCUGCCUCGGGGGCUACAACUACGCGUUGAAGAUGUUUACGUUAGAACGAAUAAAAGGAAGACAUUUCACCAAAGCCUGGAGUUUUAUUCAAGGUGCUAAAGCGUUACCAGUAUUAGUAGGAAUACCAAUUACAGGAUAUAUCAAUCAAGCUCAUCCUAAAGCUGGUUAUUAUUUCAGCUUUGUAACAACUAUUAUUGGUGCAAGUUUGAUGUUCCUUGUAGGUACAAGGAAAGACCAUCACCAUAUAGUAAACAGUAACUCAAACAACUGUAAUCUCAACAAUUGUACGAUAGCAAACUUAAAUGACUGCGUUUGUACUAUAGGUCCUUACAAUCCCAUCUAUACGCCAGACAUUAACCCUUACAACUUCUACCGACACGGAAGUAAUCAUUAUGAGCGAAUAUUUUCGAAUUGUUCGGAUCACUUCGAUAAAACUGUAUAUAGACAUUCAUUUAGACAACGAAGAGAUCCUCAUAUCCAAUAUUUACCAAAAAGUCUAAGCUAUGCUGCCAAUAUAAAUCAUUCUCCUCACUAUGCUCCUAAUGCUUGUAAUAAACAAGAAUGUAUCAGAUACGCUUCUUUGCCGAGAAUGAAGAAGAACGUAUUACGACCUAGUAAAAGCGUGCCGGAAGGUUUGGCGAGGUGUGAAUAUUACAGAACGUGUAGAAGGCCAAUUGUUAGAAAUGUUCAAGUGAUAGAACAAAUUACGACCUCCGUGUAAAUUAUAUGAGACAAAGUAUUUUUAAUUAACCAUUAAUGAGUGCCUUAUGACUUAUUUUUUGUUGUGAAGAAUAUUUUUACCUUAGUAAUUCAAAGAGGCGAUAACUUUCUGAAUGAAACACAGGUUUAUUGAUUAAAAAUCAUUUUAUUUCCCAAGGACUCUCCUUCAAAAACCAUAUUCGUUUUUAACGUUUCUCCAAUUUGUUUAUCGAUUGCAGAAAAUAAAGUUACUCAAGGUCAUCAAUAAUAAUUAUUUAUAACAUGAUUCUAAAUCCAAUCGAAUAUUCAAAUAUACUUCUGGCAUACUAUUUCUUUAGUUUUUAAAACAAUAAAUAGUCACAGUGGACUAAAUCCAACGAAUAGCAAUUCAUAUGCUAUUCAUUGAUUUUCCUGUGCUGUGUGCACCCUCGCAUUUUACUAGUACAAAACAACUUCUUGCUUGAUCCUUCAUUUUUUUAAAAUCUUUAUAAAUAAGUCUUUCUGUUUGGUGUUGCUUAGUUUACCCGAUUUUGGUAUGAAGACAACCCUUACUUCCCUCUACCUUCUCGGAACAUGUCCGAUCUCAAUAAGCACUUCCAUUAUCUCACCCAAAUCCUUCUGCAGCAUGAUCGGCAGGAUCUCGUCCGGUCCUCCAGACUUAUAUAGGCCGAACGAGUCCACCGCCCACGCUACCCUCUCCUUGAUGAUUGUUCUUCUAAUCAACUCCUCAUUGUGGAAUAGUUUCCCUUUGCCUCUUUGGCAUUUGGUUUUCGAUAUCCUGGCAUCGCGGAAGUGAGUUUCCAUCAGUAGCUCCAGUGUUUCACUGCAAACUAGCUUUAUAAGCUUGCCAAAGGCUAUCAUCUUCUUUGUUUUGCUUUGCCAUAUUGUACAGUCUUGGACAAGAUUUCCUAAAAGCUUUUAAUAAUAUGUCACUUAGUGUGCCGAGCGUUUCUUCGAGCUUCUCAAUUGAGGGCUGUAUGGGUCUCGAAUCCCGUUUGAUUCUCGUCUACCCGAGUUUCUUUCCCACGAUCUCUACCAUUCCCGUCCAGUCGGUUUUCCGAGGAUUCCUGAAGGGUUUCCCCGCCACUGGUUCGCGGUUGAUUUCGAACGAUAUUCUCUUAAUGAAAAUAUUUCUGGACCAAAAUUCCAUUUCCAGUUUCGAGUACACAAAAAAAGAAUAGUGUGAUUGUUAGUGUUGGAGUAGCGGUAGUGAAACAAUGUGUUCAGUAUAAAUAUCGCCAACUUAUUUGAGGAAUAUUUUCGCAGCUUUCGUAUCUCCUCAAAAUCUUCAGUUCAGGGAUUAACACACAUUAACCUCACGUUCCUGCGUUAUUUCUAUCCAAAUUAAUUUUCUCAUAGUUUGGUUCCUAUAAAAUUUGUUUUCUUACUCAAAUGAACAAAGGUGGUCUCUAACAUAAUUCUCAUUAACAAUUCCAUAAUAAAUAAUUUAAAGGCAAGAUGUUGAGUAGUACUUAUUUGAUACAACUGGACCUGCCGGACGCCAUGUGAUGAAAAUAUAAAAGUAAGAGAUCUCCAUCGCUUUUCUUUGUUUUAGGCUGCAUCGCAUUGCAUUGAAUUUGAUAUUAAGUGAUAAAUAAUUUACCUCCUCAUUCUCAUGCGAACUAAAAAUGGCAGGUAUCAGUAUUAUAAAUGUUAUUUGUGAUCUAUUACAUUGUCAAUCGACAUCCUUUUAUCAUAUUAUGACCAAUGAAAAAUGUUGAAAGGUCAAUAUAGAAUAUUCACACUUUGCACAAAGAUAUUGGAACUGUGUAUUCAUUUCAAAAGAUGCAGAGAAUAAGUCAUAUGUUUCUCACGAUUUUAGGUGCUAUUAGUUCUAGUCAUUAGAAUAAUGAAUAUUUUUUAAAAGACAUUCAAUUUGUUAUAAAUAAAAUAUAUUAUUUAUACUGUAUAAAUAAUUACAAGUAUUCAAAUUUAUCCGCCAAAUCUUGAUAACAAAGUAAAGUGGAAAACUGUAAUCCGUAUUUUUAUUAAAAUAUACACAAAAAGGAAAGC